GCGAGGUCGGCGGUGGCGCCAUCCAGUGCGCCCCUGCAAUGACGGUUUCCUUUGCACUGCGCCUAGGGCCACCGGCGAGUGCGACGAGCGGAGGAGGUGGCCGCCCUACCGGCACCCGAGCGCUGGGUGAGUAGAAGAGCACUUGCCGUGUGGCAACAGAAAAGCACAAUUGCAAAGCAAACUAAGUUAAAAGAAUAGGUUGAGAGGGAAUCGUCUUUCUGCUCUCGAUGAAGUUUUUGACUUGUGUGCAUUGUCCGGACUUAUGCAGGGUGUCAAAGAGGCCAAACAAGGAACAACAUUUGUGGAUCAGGAAGGAUUCAGCGGGGUCAGGGAAGAAGGCCCUUCGCUUGGUUAAUACUGUUUCAAAGUUACCAAAUGGAAAAGAAGCUGUAUAUGGUGCAUUGGAUAGGUGGACUGCUUUUGAGACUGAGUUUCCUAUUAUAGCAGCGGCAAAAGCUUUGGAAAUGUUGAAAAGGCAAAGACAAUGGAUACAGAUUAUUCAGGUAACUAAGUGGUUGAUGAGCAAAGGCCAGGUUCUGACGUGGACAACAUAUGAUACAUUGCUGUUGGCUCUUUUUAUGGAUGGAAGAUUAGAUGAGGCUGAGUCAAUUUGGAAUACUGUCAUACAAAAGCAUACACGCUCAGUGCCAAAGAGAUUGUUUUCUCGGAUGAUCCUGAUUUAUGACAGUCGUCGUCUUCCAGACAAAGUUUUGGAGGUAUUUGCUGACAUGGAGGAAUUAGGGGUGCAUCCAGAUGAGGAUACGACUAGAAGGAUUGGAAGAGCAUUUGCGAGCUCAGGCCAGGAAGAUAAGCAAAAACCUGUUCUCGAGAAGUACUUGAAAAAGUGGAAGUACAUCCAUUUCAACGGCGAGCGCGUUCGGGUGAGGAGGGCGGGACCUUUGGCGUAGUAACCAUUCUCUGGAUCGCUUAAACAACCAAACAAACGAAUAUAACCGUGUCUGGAAAGAUGUGAUUGCUGUCUUUUUCCGAGUUCCUAUGUGAGUAUUAGUAUGACAGGUGGAACAAAGUGAGGAAAGUUGUAAUGCAGUCAACUACUAACAGGAUAAUAUCUUAUGUAUGCGUACGCGUAUAAGUUGUGAUGUUUCAAACAUGCUGAUAUCUUAGGUACGCUGGUAUUUCACUCGUUUUC